CAAAAGCCAAUCGACCACUCCACACAAAAUUUAAAUCCCGAAUUCGCAUCUGUCAUCAAAAUCCCGCGCCAUGGGUUCUUCAGAAGCAGCAGCAACAACCAACAAGGGCGGAAGAGGCAGACCCAAAUCCUCAAAGUCCAUUUCCAGAUCUUCCAAGGCCGGCCUCCAAUUCCCCGUCGGCCGCGUCGCUCGAUACCUCAAGGUUGGCCGUUAUGCCCAACGGGUUGGGUCCGGGUCACCCGUUUACCUCUCCGCCGUACUCGAAUAUCUCGCCGCCGAGGUUCUGGAGCUUGCCGGAAAUGCUGCGAGAGACAACAAGAAGACUAGGAUUAUUCCGAGGCACAUUCAGCUUGCGGUGAGGAACGAUGAGGAAUUGAGCAAGCUCAUGGGAUCUGUGACCAUUGCGAGUGGUGGAGUUCUGCCGAAUAUUCACCAGAAUUUGUUGCCUAAGAAGGUUGCUGGUGGAAAGGGCAAAGCCGAGAUUGGAUCUGCUAGUCAGGAGUUCUAGGUGCAUAACAUAGAGGAUUGCUUAGAUUAUUGGGAAUUGGGACUGUUUCAAUGAUGUAAAGGUUCUUUGUGAUUUGGAUAAAGGAAAGUUAUUCUUGGUUUAGAAGGACUAUAAUGGACUUAGCACAAAAAUGUUAUUUAUUUAAAAGUUAUGAAGAAUUAGUUUAUUAAUAUUUUGAAGGGCUACCAUACUAGUAGACAAACGAAGUCACGUAGAAUUGUAGAAAUUCUUGAUUAUAUUCUCCCUCUUGAAAAUUGUUUUGAGUUGGCAUGAAAUGAAAAAACGUCUCCUUUACUCCUUAAUCUCAACCCUUAAACCCAAAUCCAAAGCGUUCUAUUUCUAUAUCUCGUCCUUAUCACUUUCGAGUAAACAAUCAAAAUGGAACCCGUUAACCAACGUUGUCAUUACGAACCCAACCCUGGUGGCCAUGGAGUCUUGCUCCACCAUGCGCCAGCUGAGGCAGAUCCAGGCCCGCAUGACCCGCACGGGCCUCAUGGGCCACACAUUCCCAGCCAGCAGAGCCCUAGCUUUCUGUGCCCUCUCCGACGCCGGAGACGUUCGUUAUGCCCACGCUCUCUUUGACCGUAUUGAACACCCCAACACCUUUAUGUGGAACACCAUGAUCAGGGGCUAUUGCAGGGCCAAUGCUCCUGCCAUGGCGUUCUCCUUCUUCCUCCGAAUGCUUCUCCAACUCUCCAAGAUGGACUGCAGAACCUUCGUUUUUUCGCUCAAAGCGUGCGAGCUGUUCUCGGGUUCUGUUGAGGGGGAACUGGUGCACUGUUUGAUUCGGAAGACGGGUUUUGAUUCUGAGUUGCUAGUGCGAAAUGGGUUGGUUCAUUUUUAUGCUGAACGUAGUUGGCUGAAAAGUGCGCGCCAGGUGUUUGAUGAAAGUUCUGAGAGGGAUGUUGUUACUUGGACCACAAUGAUUGACGGCUAUGUGGGAAAUAAGUCUUCAGAUUCGGCUUUGGAAUUGUUUGGUUUGAUGUUGAGUAGUGGUGUUGAGCCCAAUGAGGUGACCUUGAUUGCGGUGCUCUCGGCGUGUUCCCAGAACGGUGAUCUUGUCAUGGGAAGGAGUAUCCAUGAAGACAACAUAGCAAGGAAGAAUGUAAGGUAUACUUUGAGUUUAAACAAUGCAUUAUUGGACAUGUAUGUGAAAUGUGGUAGUUUGAUGGCUGCUAGAGAGCUUUUUGAUAAAAUGGAGACUAAGGAUGUUUUCUCGUGGACUAGUUUGGUUAAUGGGUAUGCUAAAUGUGGUGACUUGGAAUCUGCAAGGAGGUUUUUUGAUCAAACUCCUCAUAAAAACGUGGUCUCAUGGAAUGCAAUGAUAGCAGGAUAUUCUCAGAACAACAAACCCAAAGAAUCAAUAAAGUUGUUUCGGGAAAUGAUCGCAGCAGGUAUGAUUCCCAGCGAGCAUACCUUAGUCAGUGUGCUCUCUGCUUGUGGCCAGCUGAGUUGCUUGAAUUUGGGACACUGGAUUCAUCACCAUUUUGUCAAUGAGAAAAGGGUGCACCUUAGUGUGACUAUGGGAAAUGCAAUUAUAGACAUGUACGCCAAGUGUGGAAGCAUUGAUGCAGCAGCAGAAGUCUUUAAAGUAAUGCCAGUAAGAAGCCUGAUUUCUUGGAAUUCCAUGAUUGCAUCCUAUGCUGCUCAUGGCCGAGCAAAGCAAGCUAUCAUUGUAUUUGAUCAGAUGGUAUCUAUGGGAUUUAGGCCAGAUGAUGUUACAUUUGUGAGCUUGUUAACAGCUUGCAGCCAUGGUGGGUUAGUUUCCGAAGGACAAGAAUAUUUUGACACCAUGGAAACGAAGUAUGGGAUAAAGCCCAAAAGGGAACACUAUUCGUGCAUGAUUGAUCUACUUGGUCGAACAGGGCUUCUUGAAGAAGCUUACAAGUUAAUAACGAGUAUGCCAAUGCAACCUUGUGAAGCUGCUUGGGGUGCGCUUUUAAAUGCGUGUAGAAUGCAUGGGAAUGUCGAGCUUGCUAAAUUGUCAGCUGGUAACCUUAUGAAGUUGAAUCCAGAAGACAGUGGAACAUAUAUUCUCCUGGCAAAUAUCUGUGCCAAUGAUCGAAACUGGGGCGAUGUGAGGAGGGUGCGAAGUUUGAUGAGAGACAAAGGUGUGAAGAAGAUUGCUGGUCAUAGCUUGAUAGAGAUUGAGGGUGAAUUUAAGGAAUUUUUGGUUGCUGAUGAAUCAAACACUCAAUCUGAGGAGAUCUAUAAAGUACUGGAUCUAAUGUAUUUGUUGUCAAAAUUGGAAGACUAUGACUCUGAGUUAUUUAUUAUAGGCUUCAAUGGCUAAACCACUUCUCUCCAACACAUUCCCAGUUAAACAUGAAACCGAAAUCGAAUCCAGAACCUAAAACUUCUCUUCCAAAGCUUUUCCGCAAGCAUGUAUUAGUAAAUCUGUAGUAAAACAUUUUGGGUGAGUUUCAGUUUUGUUGUUAACUCCCCACCAAUAUCUAACUUUACACAUAAAUAAAACAUCAAAAAUCUUGCCA